AGUACACCAUCUACAAACAGUGCCAUAUCAGCUGAUACAACUGGGUCCCCAUAAACAAUUACUACGGCAUUACGAUCCGCUCGGAGAAUCGAGAGAACGUGCUUAUCGCCCGGGCAUUAUGUCAAAUAGUCCAAAUUAUCGGCAGAGCUUGCGAGCGAAAACAAAAUAAAAAACCCCACUGCCAAUAUUCAUUGAGAGGAAUCAUAAAAUUUUAUUAGCCCAAAAUCGAAGCGGGUUGUGAAGCGAAUCGAAAAAAAUAAAUGCAAACAAAACAAGCAAACACUGAAGACCUGUUCGAUUUGGGUAGGGUUGUUUUUGAAGGUUGUGUUCUGGUUUCGUAUUAAAAUGCUUAUCCAAGCCAGUUGUACGAUCAGUCUUCUUCUGCCGAGAUGUUGAUGCUAAACUAUCUGAACUAUAUUUUGAUCGCACUGAUCGGUCUCGCGAUCUGUGAGGCACAGGAAAAGCUCAAGGAAGUUGCAGUUCAAAGUCUGGAUUGCCGUGAAAAUACUUGUAUGAAUUUGAAUUUCCCUAGUGCUUUAGAGAUUGCCUACUUCUCAGAAAAGGUGACUACAAAUUUGAGGGGCUACGAAUCGCUCAUUCUGCACAGCUCCCAUUUGGCCAACUUGCCCAGAAAAGUUUUCGUAAACCUUCCACAAAUUGUGGAAUUCGAUGUCUUGGAGUGUGAACUGCAACAAAUUGAAAAAGAGUGCUUUGAUGGUGCCGAGAACUUGAGAAGACUUAAUCUGGGCGGAAAUAAGUUAAGUGUUUUGAAUAGUGACACCUUCGAACUGACCACACAAUUAGAGGAGCUGAACUUAUCGGACAAUCAGCUAGAGGAACUUCCUGUCAAGAUAUUCCUGCCUCUUAAGAAGCUACAAAAGAUCAACUUAUCCAACAAUCAGUUGAAGUCAAUUUCCCAGUUUACCUUUUCACAACUGGGAUCUCUAAAAUCCAUAAAUCUGGACAGCAAUGAUCUAAAGGAACUGCCUAGUGAACUAUUCAGAGAUCAGCAAAAACAUUUGUCAGAACUCUCAGCCAGAAGUAAUCAACUAGAGGGAAUUCCCUCAAAUAUAUUUUCAGAAAUAGAGCAUCUAUUUCUUUCGUUUAAUGUUCAACUAAAAAAUCUCCAUUUAAGUUCAAAUAUUUAUCAGCUGGAGGCCACCAAUUGUGGCCUCGAAUCAGUGAAGUUGGAUGGACGAGUGAUUGGUGUCCAACUGGAGGAUAACCUCAGUCUGAAAGAGUUGAAAAUAUUCCAGCCUCAGGUUCUAAAGCAACUCUAUCUGGCCAACACGAAUCUGUCCCGGCUUGACUUUCUGUCCAAGGCCAGUGAACUAGUUGACCUGGAUCUGACAGGCAUUGAGAAUCUCUCGGACUUACCUACAAUUUCCUCAGCAAAGGGAUUGGAAAGAUUGAGCUUCACUUACGACAACAUGACCUCUGACCACAUGGACAUGCUGCCUCAACUGAAGGAUCUAAACUACUUGGAGAUAUCCCACGAAAAAGGCAGGGAGAUUUAUAUAAAGGAUCUGGAUGAAGAUUUUUUCGUGGACGAGGCAGAACUUGAUUGUGGACAAUUGGCGGAUCUGUUGGAAUUUGUUGAACUGCCCAAAGAUACAACCAUCUUGGAGGAUCGAUUAGUUGGAGAUCCUCGACUGCCACUUAGAUGUGGAGCCGCAUAAAAUAUAAUACUCAUAAAAGGAAUUUAAUAUUUAAAAUAAAAAUAAAUUAUUAAGCU